CACAGAUACCCUAUGGGGGUACAGGGGGCUGGAGACAGCCCUGAUGGGGAUAUUCCCCCACCCCCCGGACACUUCCAGGGACCCCAUGGGUCCCCUUUGGAUGCUCCUGGGGACCCCCCCAGGACAAUCCCAGCUCUUGGGGACCCCCAUUUCCCCACCCAGGACCCCCAUUCUCCCCCCGCAGUGACCACCGUGUGCCCCUGGGGACCCCCCCCGCGUCUCUUAGAGCCCCCCAUUUCCCCCCAAGGGACUCCUUUUCUCCCCUGGAUCACUAGGGACCCCCAUUUCUCCCCUUCCCUCCAUUUCCCCCUCCCAGCACCCCCAUUCCCCCUCCCAGACCCCCAUAUCUUCCCUUUCACGCCCCAUUUCCCCCCUGGGAGCCCCAUUUUCUCCUCUCCAGACCCUCGUUUUGCCCUCAGGACCCCCAUUCCCCCCCCGGACCCCGGUUUUCCUCCCCCCAUAUCCCCAUUUCUCCCCUGGUCCACUCACAGCGCGGAAGACUCGGGGUCCACCGGGCGCCCCCUUCUCCAGGCGCAGCCACUUGUUGGCCAUGGCCUUACUGAAGCCAACCGAGCCACCGGGCAGCUUCUAACGGGGGGGGGGGGACAACGCAUCCAUGAGACCCCCCUCUCGGUGGCCCCGGUGCCGGUUCCGUUCCUCCCCCCAGGCUCCGGUACUCACCAUCGCCUCGCUCUGGGGCAGCCCCUCCGCCGGGAGGCUGCGGAAGAGCCGCACCUCGGGGCUCCCGUCCCGCAGCACCUCCGCGCCCUCGGGGCUCAGCUCCCACCGCGUGGCCGCCCGCGCCUCCGCCUCGAUCACCUGCGGGGCCGCCGCGCUCAGCACCCGCCAAUGAGAAGCGGCCAUCUGGGACGCCAACGUUCGGGGGCGCCGUCGCCGCCGGCCAGCGGGCGGGCGGCCAAUAGGAGCGGGUCCUCAGAGGUGCCGGGCGCCGCCGGGCCGGGAGGGACCUGUUGGAGUGAAACGGAACGGGCCGGGCCGCGUGUGGACCCCGCCAUGACCCGCAGCAGCCUCCCCGCUGUCCUGCUCGGCGCCCUCCUGGCGCUGGCGGCCGCGGGGCCCACCCAGUACUUCCGGGAGGAGUUCGGGGAUGGAGACGCCUGGACCCACCGGUGGGUGGAAUCCAAACACAAACCCGACUACGGGCGCUUCGUCCUCAGCGCCGGCAAGUUCUACGGGGACGCCGAGAAGGACAAAGGGAUCCAGACGAGCCAGGACGCCCGGUUUUACGCCAUCUCCGCCCGUUUCGAGCCCUUCAGCAACCGGGACAAGACGUUGGUGGUUCAGUUCACGGUGAAGCACGAGCAGAACAUUGACUGUGGGGGGGGGUACGUCAAGCUCUUCCCCGCCAGCCUCAACCAGGAGGACAUGCACGGAGACUCGGAGUACAACAUCAUGUUUGGCCCCGAUAUUUGCGGCCCUGGCACCAAGAAGGUUCAUGUUAUCCUCAACUACAAAGGGAAGAAUGUGCUCAUCAAUAAGGACAUACGGUGCAAGGAUGACGAGUUCACCCACCUGUACACGCUGGUGCUGCGGGCGGACAACACCUACGAGGUCAAGAUCGACAACGGGCGCGUGGAGGGGGGGGCGCUGGAGGAGGACUGGGAGCUGCUGCCCCCCCGGCGCAUCCGCGACCCCCAGGCCCACAAACCCGACGACUGGGACGAGCGCGCCAAGAUCGAUGACCCCGAGGACACCAAACCCGAGGACUGGGAUAAACCCGAGCACAUCCCGGACCCUGACGCCAAGAAGCCGGAGGAUUGGGAUGAGGAGAUGGACGGGGAGUGGGAGCCCCCCGUCAUCCAGAACCCCGAGUACAAGGGCGAGUGGCGGCCGCGGCAGAUCGACAACCCCGACUACAAGGGGAAGUGGGUGCACCCCGAGAUCGACAACCCCGAGUACAGCCCCGACCCCCUGCUCUACGCCUACGACAGCUUCGGCGUCAUCGGCCUCGACCUCUGGCAGGUGAAAUCUGGGACCAUCUUUGACAACUUCCUCAUCACCGACGAUGAGAAACUGGCUGAGGAGAUUGGGAAUGAGACCUGGGGGGCCACCAAGGACGCGGAGCGCCGCAUGAAGGAGCAGCAGGACGAGGAGCAGCGGCAGCGCCAGGAGGAGGAGGAGAAGCAGCACAAAGACGACGACGGCGACAACGACGACGAGGAGGAGGAGGACGACGAAGACGACGACGAGCCCGAGGCCGAGGAGGCGGCGCCGCGGGACGAGCUCUGAGCGGCGCCGCGGGCCCGGCCCCGGUCUCUGUGAGACCCUUUGGACUCUUUUCUACGGCCGCCGCCGCCGCCGCGUCGGGACGAGCACCGGGAAUACCGCUGGGAAUGGGGUUGGGAAUGGGGAUGGGAUUUGGGGGGGGGGUGCAGGGCGGGGGGAAGGCGCCGCCGUUCCCGUUUCUAUUAAAUUAACGCUCGGUCCCGGC